CUAAGUUUACAUUAAUGAAACGAUGGCAGCAAUGUAACUAUGCUCUCCUAUGCAUGACGCAAAUAGUAAGGGAUCAGCGGUGAACGAGGCCACGCAUUGUCUGCCCCCCGCCCUCCCUUCGGUUGUCAGGAAGCAACCUGAUUGGCCGAGGCCUAGCAAAGAGUGGCCGGGGAUCCAAAACUGCAGGCCGCACUUAGCUUACCGUUAAAAAUAAACCAAAACAAUAACAGACAUAAUUGCGAAGGGGAGAUACGCCGAUAGACUCAGACGACUUCGUUAUCAGGGUUGCAUCCCUGAUGGAAGUCAGCCUCCUGUAUAACCUAUUGGUUGUAUUUCACUAAACCUUGGCAGUGGUUUUCUGGUUGAAAACAUGGACCAUGGUGGAGGGGUGCUGGAGUUACAUACACAGGAGCUGAAGAUGCCCCACACGAUGAUCAUGCAAGACUUUGUGGCGGGAAUAGGGGGUCUGGCUCACAUCGACGGGGAGCAUAUCGUGGUGUCUGUGCCAGAGGGAAUGCUUCUCUCCGAUGUGAUGACAGACGAAGGCAUCUUGCUGGAGCACAGCCUUGAGGUGGAGGGCCUGGAGACCCAGGUGGAGGAGGGCCUGGAGACGGAGGUGGUGGAGAGCUUGGAGACCGACGUGGAGGGACUGGAGGCCGAGGUAGUUGACGGUCUGCAGACCCAGAUAGUGGAGCUCCAAGCCCAGGUGGUGGAUGGACUGGAUGGGGAGGUGGAGGUCGAGGGUCUUGAGGUGGAGGACGUCGAGGCCCUGGAAGCCCAUGUUGUGGAGGGGCUGGAGGAGGAGGAGGUAGAGGUGGAAGGCAUGGAGGCAGAGGAGGUGGAAGGACUCGUGGUCGACGUCGGAGUAGAAAGUCACGAGAUCGUCAACGAGGACCUGGUGUCGUCGGAGCACAGCGUCAUCAUGCCCGAUAACAUUCUGGGCUCGGAGGUCGCCAUAGAGGAGGCUCUGGACCACCACCACCAUCACCACCACCACGUCCUGACCUCGCAGCUCAUCCAGGACUCGGACCACCACCACCACCACCACCACCACGACAUGACGGACCAGGUGUUUGUGGCCGAGCUGCUGUCGGACCACCAGGACAACACGCUGGACCAGCAGCUGGUGUCGGAGGGCGUGAUGGUGGCCGACAGGGAGACCAUCAUCCACGAGGAGCUGCCGGCCGAGUCGGUGGACCUGCAGACCGACGGGGACGACGACGCCCGGAGCAGCUCUGAGGACUACCUCAUGAUCUCCUUGGACGAGGUGGGGGAGAAGCUGGACAUAGGGGACACGCCUCUGGAGAUCAGCACUGAGGUGAUGGAGGACAAGGAAGCCAAAGAGCAGGAUGAGUCGGAGGUCAUCAAGGUCUACAUUUUCAAAGCUGAAGCGGACGACGAUUUGGGGGGAACCGAGGUGAUAACGGAGGACGACUAUCAGAACGGGCAUCCCGACCCGGAGGCGGCGUCGUCCGGGCGACUCGGCGUCGGCCGCGACAAGAUGAUCUACAUGUCGGUCAAGAACCGGACCAAAGUAGACGACGACGACGACGACACAGAGGAAGAUGACGACGAGGACGAGGAUGACGACGAGAGUGACGAAGACGACGAGGACGACGAAGACAUGAAUGAGAGUGACAUGGCUGAACAGGUGUAUAUGGAGGUGGUAGUAGAUCAGGAGGAGGAGGCUGCAGCACAGCCAACCGAGCUUCAUGACUCCAUAAACAACAAGAUGUUUGUGCCCGUGUCCUGGGCAAAUUCUUAUGGUAACUGUAUCGACGCGGGGAAGAACGGGGGCACCACGCCGUUCCUGCAGAUCAGGGACAACAUGGGCGCCAACCGCCUCCUCAAGACCAAGACCAAGAAGAAGAAAAAGGGCAAUAUGCGGCAGUGCCAGACCGGGUCCACAAUUAACACCUUCCACCAGCCAAUGGCGGAAAAUUUUGACGAAUCUGCAGCCGUCAUCAUCGGGCCGGACGGUCUGCCGCUGACCGUCUACCCCUGCCACCUCUGCGGGAAGAAGUUCCGCUCCCGGGUCUUCCUGAAGUGCCACAUGAAGAACCACCCCGACCACCUGCUGAAGAAGAAGUACCAGUGCACCGACUGCGACUUCACCACCAACAAGAAGGUCAACUUCCACAACCACCUAGAGAGCCACAAGCUGCUCAGCCACCACAGCGAGCGCUCGCCCGAGUACACGGAGUACGCCCGGCGCUACCACGAGUCCAGCCCGCUGGGCUCGGACAAGCUCAUCGUGAAGGACCGCGAGCCCAAGCUGCACCACUGCAAGCACUGCGCCUACGAGACGGCCGAGCAGGGCCUGCUGAACCGCCACAUGCUGGCGUCGCACAGCAAGAACUUUGCCCACGUGUGCGUGGAGUGCGCCAAGGGCUUCCGCCACCCGUCGGAGCUCAAGAAACACAUGCGCACGCACACGGGCGAGAAGCCCUACCUGUGCCCGCACUGCGACUUCCGCUGCGCCGACCAGUCCAACCUAAAGACUCACAUCAAGAGCAAGCACGGCGCCGACCUGCCCUUCAAGUGCAGCCACUGUCCGCAGGCGUAUGCCGACGCGCGCGAGCUGCAGCGGCACAUAGAGAUGGUGCAGGGCCACAAGACCCACCAGUGCCCCCACUGCGAGCACAAGAGCACCAACUCCAGCGACCUGAAGCGCCACAUCAUCUCGGUGCACACCAAGGACUUCCCGCACCAGUGCGACGUGUGCGAGAAGGGCUUCCACCGGCCGUCGGAGCUGAAGAAGCACGCCGAGACGCACAAGGGCAACAAGGUGCACCAGUGCCGCCACUGCAACUUCAACGCGCCCGACACCUUCACCCUGAGCCGCCAUAUCCUGUCGCUGCACACCAAGGACCUGCCGUUCAAGUGCAAGCGCUGCCGGCGGGGCUUCCGGCACCCGGCGGAGCUGAAGAAGCACAUGAAGACGCACAGCGGCCGCAAGGUCUACCAGUGUCAGUUCUGCGAGUACAACAGCACGGACGCUUCGGGCUUCAAGCGGCACGUCAUCUCCAUCCACACCAAGGACUACCCGCACCGCUGCGACUACUGCACCAAGGGCUUCAGGCGGCCCUCGGAGAAGAGCCAGCACAUAGCCCGGCAUCACAAAGACAUGUUGAUGUGAGGUUGUCUCACACACACACACACACACACACACACACACACACACACACACACACACACACACACACACACACACACACACACACACACACACACACACACACACACACACACACACACACACACACACACACACACACACACACACACACGCACACACUCCUCUCCCCCCCCCAGGAAACGCACCCACUGCUGUUCUCACUCUUAAGGACCAAGGGUUAACGGAUGUGGACGGUCAUGGGUGGAGAUGACGACCGUGACGUAAGACGUUCUCGUUGACCGUUCUGUGUGUUGACGUGAGUCCGACCUCCAAGCUCCCCAACACCCCCUAAAAACAAUGCAAGGAAGGGUGAGACUUGGAGAUUGUGCAAAGAAUAACAGGAGUCAAAAGUAGGGGGACAGCUGUAAUUUCUGUCAUGUUUUGUUGCAAAAGAAUCACAUAUGUACGUAUAUAUUCAGGGUUUCAAAAUUUCUAUAUUUUUAUACCCCUCAGCUGUAAUGCUGCAAGAAGACGACUGUGUCCUGUAUUAUAGAACGUGGUGCUUUGUGAACGUCACGCCAGGUAGACAGUAUGGAACAAGUACCGGGGGGACCUGCCUCCCUUCCAGUAUAUCCCCUCCCCCGAUCCCAACCCCCCCCUUAAAUAACCAGCUUUUAGCCACACCAUUUGUUUUUAACGCCAUCAUGCCAUUGUUCUAGAGGGGCAGGAGGAUGCUUGCACACAAAUGGCUUUGUAACCAUGUUUACAUGCAUAAUACAAGGAUAUUUCACAAAUUUACCAGUUGCGCUUCACGUUUUCUGUACACAGUGGUCAUGAGUCUGGUUGAACUAAUCAUGUAGAAUGUACAUAGCGUUGCAGAUGUUUAACGUGUGAGUCCAUGUGGUUUUUAUAACUGUCACGUGGUGUUUGGGGGAAAGCAGAAAUGGAGAUGCAAUUGAUACAUUAAUGGAAUAUCCCUUUUUUUUCUGUGAACAGGUUAACAAAGAAAACACAUUUAUUACACACAAAACCUUUUCCCACAGAUCCGUUUUUCGAACAUUGUAUUCUUGCAUCAAUGUUUUCAUGCUCCCAUGGGUUUCACAGUAAGGCCUGACUUCAGAGUCUGAGAUGAUCUGCUGUGAAGUGGGUGUGUGUGUUAGAGCUGCUGCUGAACGGUGAUUGAUGGGAAGGACGUGUGCUCGGCAGACUACCUGAGUUGCAAUCAUGUCCAGCAUCGUUGUUCACGCUUAACUCCUCGAGCAUUGAUUUUAGGCCAAUCAGCGAAUAAUUUCUUCUGUUUGUUUUCUUUAUGUUUCACACGCAUCAAUACCAUUAACUGAUGAAAGCCCCAUGCUUGAGUCAGUAGAAAGCACUUUAAUUUUUUUUUCUUUUUGUGUAUGAGAAGUAUGUGUCGUUCUGGUAUAAUGGACGAUUGUGGAUGUGACCAGAUGAGAGUGUUUUUGAUUGCAAUCUCUUGUUCUGAUGUUAAAAAAAUAUAUUGUUUUGUUCAAGAAGAGUCUUGUUGCGAGUGAAACCAUCUAUUGUUCUGUAUAUGGUUAAGUGAUUGGGUUUUGUGUUAAUGUUUGUGCUCACUAACAUCGGUUCCCAAAGGCCCAGGCCUACCUAACUGAAUCCCAAACGGGAGCUAUACCCUUUCAACAAAAUGGUUGACAAAUUGGCAUUAGUCUUAAGAGUAUGCACAUAUGCUGUCAUCAUAAAAAGGAAUUGUGGUAUAUAUUAAGAUCCAUACAUUUGUGUACCUUUUUAGCCUUUUUUUUUUUUUCAGUCUGAUUGUGGAUAAACUACUGGUGGGGAGGAUCCAAAAUAAACGAUUAUCUUUUAAUAUUGGUCGGUGCCUUUUUUCGAUUCCUCGAUUAUCUUUUUAUAUUUAUCUGUGCCUUUUCGAUUCCUCUAGGUAGCAGCUGUUCCUCUCCCCCUUACAGCGUCAGGGUUAUCAAGAAGAAGACAGGCUGGGUUGGAAUAGGAGGGCAACGGUAAAAAGUGAAACUGCAGUACUUAAGAUCACAGUGUCAUUAUGAAGGGACAGCAAUUUCUAUAAUUGGAAUUUUUGAAGAAUUGUUGAUAAGGGACCUCCUGUAGAAUAUUGCACUGUUGGCAUUUCAUAUUGCUAAGUCGAGUCCUUACUCCCUGCUGCCACCUGUCAACAUAAGAUGCAUGAAGCUUUAUCCUGCGGGAAAUGAAGCUGUAUAGAACCAGUUUUGCAUUGGCAUGGACACUUAAUCAGCAAGUCCUUGUCUUCAGCUCCUACAGAAUAUCACCCAUCAAUCACACGUUGCAGCGGUC